AGACGAUCAACUUCUAUCAAAAUGACAAAUCUACAACGUUGGCUGAUGUAUUUGGUUCUGUUUCUCAUUCCAUAUUUUGCAUUGCUAUCGGCCUCCAUAAAAACACCCGGUCUGCAAAUGUUGUUGGUGCCUCUACAGGUUUUGCCUUACGUGUUGGUUUUGAUGUUCGGUUUUUAUGCCGCUGGUACAGUUCUUUAUCGUACAUUUACAUUCAACGAUUGUCCAGCAGCUGCUGCUGAGUUGCAGAAGGAAAUUGAAGAGGCACGCAAAGAUUUGAUCGCCAAAGGAUUUAGAUUUCGUGAUUAGAUCA